AUGAGCUCGAAUAUCCAUCAAGCUACUAGUGCAGCUCCGCAAAUCAAGAGCGUACUCGCCACAACCUCACGAACCCCUUUUACCAGCGCACUAACCAACGUGCAACUCAGAAAGAUAGAGAAGUUGCGCCUACCGGAGUACAAACCCGGCGGAGACCCCGUCGAACACAUGACAGCUUUCAAUAUCACGAUGGCACGGGCUCGUCUCUCCGAUGAAGAAAGGGACGCUGGCUACUGUCAACUGUUCAUCAAGACUCUCCACGAGCAGGCCAUGACCUGGUUCUCUCAACUCGAGGAGAACUCGAUCAGUAGUUUCCGCGACCUAUCAGCGGCAUUCCUCAAGACAUACAUUAUGUUCACAAAGCGCACCGCAACUGCUUCUAGUCUAUGGAACCUGUCCCAAACUAAAGAUCAGAGCCUCCGCGACUACAUGGAAAAGUUCAAAGCAGUAGUCUCAAGGAUCGCGAUCCCAGAUGACAUUGCCAUCGAUGCCCUGAUGAACACCUUGUGGUUCCGCUCCAAGUUCCGUGAGGACUUAAACCAGAACCCAACCACCUCGCUUCAAGACGCUAUCGCUCGCUCUCACAACUUCAUCCGAAUGGAAGAGGAUACAAAUGCGAUCAUCAGUAAGAUGAACGCGGCAAAAACUCCAGCGACUAAAACCGUCAGCACUCGGGCUGAACCGCGUCAGCAUGCCCCUAACGACAAAAACAACCGCAAAGAUGGCUUUAUGUACAUCGUCAACGAGAACAAUGUACCAAUUUUGACCAUGGUGGUCCGAGGCGAGGAAUGGAACAAAACCAUCGACCUCACCAAGCAUUGCAAAUAUCACGACGUUAAAGGACAUGACACGACGGAGUGUAAAUCACUCUAUGCACACUAUCUCUCAUUUCUCGCCAGCGGCGACUUCAAAUUCGAGCCUCUAAAAGCUAAGCCCAAAAACAUCAAAAGUUGGAGCAAAAAUAAAGAAAGAAGAGCCCAGCGCAAGGCGACCGGCAAAGGCCGACAAAACGAAACGCAGCAGCAAGACGAAGAUAAGGCUCCAAAGGAUGACGCUAAAGACGACUCUUCUGCUAACGAAGAACAGUCGACUAACCGUAGGCGAAUAGAAGUUAUACAAUCUCAACAAACCCUAUCGUCAGACGACGAGAACGAUGACGCACCUGCACCCGGAGAUUUGAGAGAUGUCCUCAAGCGAAAGCUCGAGCCCGAGGACGGUAACAGUUCCGAUGAUACUGAUCUUCGGCUAACGCUGAACGCACGAAAGUCCCAACGCGUCCUGACCAGUGGUCCUGUCCUCAAAGAGCGUCCGAAACGUUCUGGCAGCGAUCUUCGAGACAAACUCAACGCCAACAUGUACGAUCUACGCGUUCUCCUCAACCGCUCGAAGCCCACAGAUCUUCGGCGACAGUUGGAACGAACUAAGACGCCAGGCAAUUCUAGGCUGCCGUAA